UUCUUGUCCCUUCCUUCGUAGAUACGUCAGCCACAUGGAAACUGAAAACCAAACAGGAGUUUUAGAGUUCAUCCUCCUUGGAUUCUCUGAGGAUCUGGAACUGCAGCCCUUCAUAUUUGGGUUUUUUCUGACCAUGUACCUGAUCACCGUGCUUGGGAACCUGUUCAUCAUCUUGGCUGUUAGCUCUGACGCCCACCUCCACACCCCCAUGUACUUCUUCCUCUCCAACCUGUCCUUGAUCGACAUUUGUUUCAGCAGCACCAUAGUCCCUAAGAUGCUGGUGAACAUCCAUACAGAGAAGAAAACCAUCUCCUGCGUGGACUGCCUCAUUCAGGUCUAUUUUUCCAUGCUUUUUCCUAUUCUGGAUACACUACUGCUGACCGUGAUGGCCUAUGACCGGUUUGUGGCCAUCUGUCACCCUCUGCACUACUUGGCCAUCAUGAAUCCCUGCCUCUGUAGCCUGCUGGUUUUUACUACCUGGUUCAUUGGUGUCAUGAUAUCCCUCCUCCAUAUUUCUUUGAUGAUGCACCUGACCUUCUGUAAAGAUCUUGAAAUCCCACAUUUUUUCUGUGAACUGACAAAGAUUCUCAAGCUGGCCUGUUCUGAUACCUUCCUGAACAGCACGUUGAUAUAUUUUCUGACUGGUGUGCUGGGGGUUUUUCCCCUCAUUGGGAUCCUUUUCUCUUACUCACGAAUUGUCUCAUCCAUCAGGAAGAUGUCCUCAUCUGGGGGAAAGCAAAAAGCAUUUUCCACCUGUGGGUCUCACCUUUCUGUUGUUUCUUUAUUUUAUGGGACAGGUGUUGGGGUCUACUUCACCUCUGCAGUGACUCACUCCUCCCAGAAGGUCUCAAUAGCCUCGGUGAUGUACACUGUGGUCACUCCCAUGCUGAACCCCUUCAUCUACAGCCUGAGGAACAAGGAUGUCAAGGGGGCCCUGGGAAUGCUCCUCAGCAGAGUGCUUUCUUGUCUGUGAUGGAUCCAUUGGCCCCAGAACUAAGAAGAUUUGUGGGUAUCAAUGGCAAAACGCUUUUAAUUCUGAAGUUGGAUCAAAUCCCAAGUCUUGAAUCUCUCAAAUCAACUUGUUCUUUUACCUUAUCCUGGUAGAUAUAUGACUUUGCUCUCUCAGAAUUUUUACACACUUUUUAACAACUAAUAUCCACAA